AUGGCGAUGUCGCAGAGCGGUCAGGACAAGCAGGACAAGAAACUCAGACUUGGUGCGCUCGCAUCACACGGCGGCACCAACCUUCAGGCAAUCAUGGACGCCUGCAAGCGCGGCGAUCUCAAUGCGGAAGUCUGCGUAGUCAUCAGCAACAACUCCGGUUCGCGCUCGCUCGACGCGCACGCAGCGAAGGGAUACCGGCAUUUCACCUGA